AUAAAAAAAUAAAAAAAUAAAAAAGCAAAGGGAAAGCUUGCAAGUCCCCUAAGGCUUCCGUGUCUCUAUCAAGAAUCUCUCUCCUUUAAUUUCUUCCCCAAUUUCACAAAGCGCCAUGGCUGAACCACUGAAGCUUUUGGGUCACGUGCCGCGCACGUGCUCGUGAGAGAGGCAUCAGAAUUUCCCCCCGUGACUUUGCAUUGACUGGGACCUUCGUCAACCCAUUGUCGCGGCUGGUGAUCUGGUCAGUAGGGUUAAUUCUUGAGAGAAGAGCUUUCUAGCUGUUGGGUUUGUGUAAUCAAGUUCAAAACUGAAGUGGGUUUUCUGUGAUUAGGGUGUAUCGUGAGAGAUGUUGAGAUCUGGGAAGGUAAGGGGUGAGAGGGAUAAGCAAAUUGGUGUUCAAAAGAAAGGGGAUGAGUUGAAGCGGGGCGGUUUGGAUUCCGGCGGGGAGAAAACCCGGCAUUUGGUUUCGGGCGGGGCAGAGGAACCCGAGAAAGAAUUUGUGGGGGAGGGUGGCGAGGAGGGUGGGAGUGAAAAUGGUGGAGCCGCUAAGAGUGGGAAGAAGAGGUGUGUUGGUAAUGGUGAAGAAAUUGGUGAUGAGGGUGUUGAGAAAAAGUGGGUGAAGGAAAAAGAGGCCGAUGGUGAAGUGCGAAUUUUUGGGCGGGUUUUCCGAUCACAGUCAGCGGCGGAUGGAGGGGGCGAUAAGGAGGUGAGCAAUGGGGAACUGGUUGCGGAAAGUAGAGAAAAUGACGGGUCUCAGAAACAAUGUAGUGAGGGAAACAAUGAAAGGAGGAAGGAAAUGGAGGUGGAUGGUAAAGUGCAAGUUGUUGGUCGAGUUCUGUGGUCACAGUCAGCGGUGAAUGGAGGGUGUGGUAAGGUUGUGAGUGAUAGUGUUCUGGAUGCCGAAAGUAGAGAAAGUGAUGGGUCUGACAAGCAAUGUAGUGAGGUAAAAGAUGAAGGGGUUGUUCUGUUGGGCCAGAGUGAAAAUGUGGGAGUAGGUGAGACUGGGAAGAAAAGGAGGCGGGUUGAUAAUGGCGAAGAAAUUGAUAAUGAUGCUCUUGAGAAGAAAAGGGUCAAGGAAGAUGAGGUGGAUAGUAAAGUGCUAACUACAGUUAGGGUUCUGCGGUCACGAGUUGUGGUGAAUGGGGUGUGUGAUAAGGCAGGGAGUGAUGGGUCUUGCAAGAAAUCUUCCAAGGUUAAAAACGAAGGGGGUGAUCAGUUGGUUGAACGGUUUGCAAAGAAGUUGGAAGGAAAGAGAGGGGGCCUACUCAAGGUGGAAAAGAAUGAAAGUGAUGGUUCAGGUGCCGUGCUACUGAAACGUAAGCGUGGGAGACCUAAGAAGGUACAAACGGAAGAGAGUGAUCUGUCGGUGGGUCCGUUGAGAAAGAAGUCAAAAUUGGAGCACAAGAGACCAUUUAAUGUGCAAAAGACUAAUGUGGGUUUGAAAGGAAAGCUUGCUAAUGAAGGCAAUAUGGUUUUGAGAUCACGAGAAAGAAUUAAAGUGAAUAUGACAACUAACAGUUCAUAUCUGGUAAGGAGGAAUAUUGGGAAAGAGUUUGAUGUGAAGGCCUUUUCUCCAGCUAAAAGGGAUAAAAAAGGAAAUGAUUUGGAGAAUGAGGACAGUGAGGAUGGAGAAGGAAAUAAUGAACGGAAACAGAAACAGAAGGGAAAUAAAGAACGGAAAAUAAAGCACAAGGGUCAGGAUCGAGAUUGCGCCAGAAGUAAGCAAAAACAGUUGGUGAGAGAUAAAAUAGUGGAUCUAAUUAUGCGUGCAGGUUGGACCAUUCAAUAUAGGCCUAGGAAUGGCAGAGAUUACAAGGAUGCAGUGUAUGUAACUCCAGCAGGACAGACUCACUGGUCAGUCACCAAGGCUUACACAACCCUAAAAAUGCGUUGUGAAAAUGGUGAAAAUAAUUCCGAAUUUUGUAAGCCUAGCUUCAAAUUUACUCCGAUUCCACCGGAGGAAAUUGACAUGCUAGCAAGGAUACAAAUUGUGAAAAGGGUGGGGAAAAAGAAAGGGAAGAAGGGAAAAAAUGGAAUGGAGGGCGGGAUUAGUGAAAAGAAAAAGAAGAAAAAGGGCGGGUAUGCAGUGGAUGGAGUUAUUGGAGAGAAAAAGAAAAAGAAAUUGGGUAGGCCAUUCAAGUGGAAACGUUUACUUAUUGAGAAGGAUGAUUCAGCACGUGCAGCGUGCAAGGGAAGGCGAAGUUUACAUAAGACAAAAUAUAGAAAGCGAUGUGGUCUGUUGGUUCGGAACUCUGAUAAUGCGGAUUCAGAUAAUGAUGGCCAUGUACCAUAUGAUGGGAAAAGAACAGUACUUGCCUGGAUGAUUGAUUUGGGAACACUAUCACUUAAUUCAAAGGUGAAGUACAUGAACAAGAGAAAGACACAGGUGCUUCUUGAGGGUAACAUUACAAGAGAUGGAAUUCAUUGUGGUUGCUGUGGAGAAACAAUCUCAAUUUCGAAGUUUGUAACCCACGCCAAAAGUGAUUACUCUGAGCCGUUUAAACAUAUAUAUGUAGACUCAGGGUCUACACUUUUGCAAUGCCUGCUUGACUCAUGGAAUAAACAGGAUGAAUAUGAACGUCGGGGAUUUCAUUUUGUGGGUGUUAACAGGGAAGACCCAAACGAUGAUACGUGUGGAAUCUGUGGAGAUGGUGGGGACUUGAUUUGUUGUGAUGGCUGUCCAUCAACAUUCCACCAAAAUUGUUUAGAGAUAAAGAAGUUCCCCUCAGGUGAUUGGCAUUGUGUAUAUUGUUCAUGCAAAUUUUGUGGGAUGUUUGGCGGUAAUAUAUGCGAAAGCAAUGGCAUUGACACUGACACUGACAAUUUAGCAGCGUCAGCAUUAGUUACCUGCCAUGUGUGUGAGGAAAAAUUUCACCAAUCCUGUAUUCAGGCAAAGGAUGCUGUAAAUGAUGAUUUCAAUGGUCCAUCCUUCUGUGGGAAGAAUUGUCAAGAGUUAUUUGCGAGUCUUCAGAUGCUUCUUGGAGUGAGGCAAGAAAUUGAAGAAGGAUUUUCAUUGACUCUGAUUCGCCGAUCUGAUAUCAGCUCAAUUUCUAUUUGUGACACACCACAGACGGAUGGUUGUGAUUCAAAGCUAAUUGAAUGCAACUCCAAGCUGGCUGUUGCAUUUUUAAUAAUGGAUGAGUGUUUUUUGCCUAUGGUUGACCACAGAAGUGGAGUCAAUUUAAUUCAUAAUAUUCUGUAUAAUCGUGGGUCAAAUUUUAGCAGACUGAAUUAUAGUGGUUUCUUAACUGCAAUUCUAGAGAGAGGUGAUGAGAUCAUAUCAGCAGCAUCCAUCCGGAUCCAUGGGAACUAUUUAGCAGAGAUGCCAUUUAUUGGGACGCGCUAUAUGUAUAGGCGUCAAGGAAUGUGCCGUCGGCUUCUAACUGGAAUCGAAUCUGCUCUCGGCUCGUUGAAUGUUGAAAGAUUGGUUAUACCAGCAAUCUUGGAACUCAGAGAAAUAUGGACUUCUGUUUUUGGUUUUAAGCCCCUUGAAGGUUCAAGCAAGCAGAGGAUGAAGAACAUGAAUGUAUUGGUUUUCCCUGGUGUAGAUAUAUUAGAGAAGCCAGUGUCGAAGCACUUACCAGAAGCAAAUAUGAUUCUCGCUGAAGGUGUGAGGUCCACCAAACUUGAGGAUCAGCAACUCGAGCAAGACGUUUUAUGUGAUACUAAUGACAAACGUUUGGCUGCGUCUGGAAGUGAAGCAUCAGCACCCCGUGGAAACGAGGCAACUGAUGAACUUGCUGAUUUUGAAUCCAAUACACAGCAUAUCUGUGGUGUUUCUCAGGAUAAUCUGGAGGAGAAAAGCAUUCCUCCUCAAUCAACUUGUGACGUUCAUGAACAGACUGAGGAGGUCAAAGAAUAUCAGAGUUCUGCUUCAGUUCCUGAUGUAGCCACAGUGGAAGAGGACACCCAACAAGGCCAGCAUAUCAUGCCUGAAGUCGAAAGCAAAUCUUUGACAUCACUUCAUAGUGAUUCUGAUGCCGCUGACUCUCGUGUAAAGAUUCUUUCUGCUUCCAGGGAGGUCACUGAAAAAAUUGAUUGCGAGGUCAGAAUAGAAGAUGACGCGUUUGAGAAUCACGUUGCUCAUGACGAAGGAUCUAUUUGCUGCUCUACUGAAAAUGCCACUAAGUUGCAGAGCAUGGUCCAUGAAGCAAAAGUUCCUGAUGAAACUACUGUCUGCCAUGAUUCAGAGACUACAACUCAGGCAUCUCAAGAGGCAAGCGACCUUAAGCAUCAGGAUUCUCAAAAUUUGCAGGUUUCAGGAUCUAUUUCCUGCCCAGAUGGAAAGAUGCCUGAAACUUGUGCACCGGAAUAUAACCAUCCUGGUGCUCAGCAUACACCUGCAGUGAUUGUUGACGUGCAUCCAGAAUCUAUCAAGUGUUAUGGCUCUGAAAUUGUGACCGAACCUAGCAAGGUUGCCAGAGAUGUACUAAACCCGACUCCCCUGUUGUCUCACCAGAAAGCAGAUGAGUUUGAAGGCAAUAGGCUCGACACUCAUAAAGUUGCACAUGGGUUUGAAGGCAACCGGAGCAACACUUAUAAAGUUGAAUCCGCUCCAGCUGACAGAGAUUCUCAUCUUACAUGUGGACGUGCCGACUCCCUGGAGGUUACUGAUUUGAACUUAACCCCGGAGGAGUCUCAGAACACAAUAUCCGUAAAGCAAUCAGAACUCAAUUCUCAGGUUGAUAAUACAAGUCCCACACAGUGCAACUCGAGCAAUACCCCUGCUGUGGCUCUUCACUGCGCAUCCGUUGGGGGUACUUCAGAGGUGGUUAUUCUAUCAAACCAGGCUAGGUGAUGUCGUAUUUCGAUAUACUGACAGAAGUAAAAGCAGGAGGCUUUUCCGUAACAGCAGAGUCUCCAACGGCGAAAGAGUAGUAGAAGUAUUUUGGCAAAGGGUUGAAAACCGAUCUUAUCGCUUGUUAGAAAGCAAUACAGUUUUUGGUUCCUUAAGACUUAGAGCUUCAAGCCAUGCUUCUCCCAUUGUUGGAAACUGGGGAGUAAAUAUAUAGUUUUAUUUUCCGGGGAAUGAUUUCGUGCAUGCUAUUUUUUUCGCCUUCCGCACGCCUCUAUUUUUCUAGCCGCCGGAUUGAACAAAUCAAUGGAAAAUCAAAUGGCCCAAUUUAAGAGGAGUGUGCAGAAGCUGAAAAGGGUGUGCGUAAAUCACUCCCAUUUUCGGGGUCGCAAAGUACAGAAGUUAGAAUUACCGGACUUUUUAGGAUUUUAUGGCUUUGGUGGGUUCGUAUAAGUUUUGGCCUCCUGGUGUUCAUUGUAUUAUCAAACGAUUCAUUUGCUUCAACCAUGAAAAAAAAAGCCUAUCAUUUUUGUAUAGA